GUGGAAAGUAGAAGACGUAGCAACUAGCUCUAGCAUUUCGCAGCAAACAAGAGUGAGUAGCCUCUGCUCGCUGCCUUGCUGCCGCUGCGCUUCGUGAUGUGUGGAGCUCACGGUCUGCGGAAGCACAACAGUAGGGCACCCUGGUUCCUCUUCGUCUUCGUCCUGCUUCUUCCGAUUGCCGUGUCCCAAGGCGACCGGGAGCUUGCGCAUGUCGGGGACGGCGGGCACUCAUCGCCGAUCGGUGGUGGGGAAGGUGAGCAGGAGCAGCUGAGCAGGCUGGGCUCGAGGCCGCCGUGCUGCGAGAGCAAGUGCGGCGGGUGCGCGCCGUGCGAGCCCGUGCAGGUGCGCGCCGGCGCCGUCACGGAGGGCGGCCUCCGCCCGCAGUGCGCCAACUACGAGCCCGUCGGGUGGAAGUGCAGGUGCGGCGCCGCCGUCUUCGAUCCAUGACGACACUGUCUGUAUUCAGGUGGAAGUGCGGCGGCGGCGCCGUCUCCGGUUUCAUCAAACGACGACAGCUUCAAGAAUGGCGAGGACUGGACGGGUUGCGAUAUAGAAGCUGCUCUGCUACACUGCUAGAAGCGGUUGCUAGUGUCACGGGGCAGGUUGGCCGACGGCGACGGUGGCGUCCUCGAUCGGACACCGCAAGGACGACGGUCCGACGCUGCUCUGCUGUGGCAGGGAGCAGAGCAGGCCCACCCUGUCGACGCCGCCACCGUCACGGCGUCGUGCGGUCCGUCACCGGAGCCGGUGCCGGCGGCGCGCCGGGCUUGCCGUCGCCACGCGUGGGCGUCCGCGUCUCGUCGAUGGGUUGGCGAUAGAGCGGAAAACAAUAGAACGGAUGUAAAAUAGGAGAUAAUUUGCGAAUUAUCUGAGGCGCACAAUCGUGAUUGGACGGACA